GCUGAAUUGUUUGCAUCUAAACGCUUCUUGAUAUGCAGAUGUGUCUGUCUUAGUGUUCCUCACGAGUGACAGGCGCUCCAGAUAGAAUGUCUUUCUUCUUCUGAAAAUGCCUUGAAGUCUCUUGGGAACUUUGAGUUAUUUUUGCUGCUUUUAAAGGUUUCGUGUCUUUAUUCAUCCUGUUGGAGAGCGCUGGGGAAAAAACUGCCCACCUCCCAUUUUCAUUCCCUCAUCCACUCCUGUUUCUUCAUCUUUCGGUUCUCUCAGUUUGGUAAAGCAUUUGUGGUUGGACGUUUUGCGUUACUUUCUUGUAUGCAACAUCUGGAGCAUUAAUGGUGCUGUAUCUGUGGAUACUAAAAGUAAAAGGAUGCUGAGGUAUUAGUGUGAUAGACGAAGGGCAAAAGGUUAAUUCCUUUGUGGUAAUCCUAAAUCCAUAGAGGAUUUAGAGGAGAUCUUAUUUCUUUUGUUUUCUUGGCGGUACAGAUGUGAGUGCCAUGGUCACCAAAGACAACGCUAACUCUGGCUCUGGCGGAAAGACAACCUGUGUGAAGAAACAAAAGUGUAAAAUGAACAAUUCUCAAAAGCCUGGGGCACUUUACAGGGACCCACAGAAGGCUAUAUUUGAACCCGAACUGACCCUUGAGGUCACGGCUGACGAUGCUGGAAGGAAAACAAAUCCGGUCGCAGUGAACGGUGUUAUAGAAACGACUGCCAAUGAACAGACGUGUAACGUAUGGAGUGUUUCCAAUCUCCAGAAUCUGAAAGAGAUGCAAUAUCUGCACCACGAGGCUGAGGACAGUCGAAUCGACCCGUCACUGGACAUGUACAAGUCAUCCCUCAUGGGUUUCGUCGACUCCAGUAACCUGGAGAGCUCGGAGGAUGUUCAGACCGUUCCGUGCAUCCAGGUGGACGUUAAAACGGAUGUGGUGCUGAUCGAUGAGGAUGAUGAUGAUCUGUCUCUAAGGGAGAGGACAGUGACGGACGUGUCCACUGCGGACGGGAACGCGGCCGAGCUUGUGUGCGGGCGGCUCCAGUCAAUCUCCUCUGACUCCACCCACUCUUUAUGUGAUAGGCAAAGUCUAGAGCAAGGCUCGACCAUUGAGACACCUCAAGAGAAACAGGAGCCGCCCAAAAAACACAAACGUGCUUGCUGCCUCUGUGUUAUCAUUUAAUGUUUCUCAGAAAAAGGGCCAAGAUUAUACACUUUUCAAUCAUUUUUUCUUUAAAAUCAUUUUAUAUUGUUAGUCAAAACGAAGUUUUUACAUUAAGUUUUUCAUGACCAUUUUUAUCUCUCUCCCUGACCCUUAGAAUUAAACGAGCUUAUACUUGACAUGGAAAUUAUUUUACUGCCAUAAUGUUACAUAUUUCCAAGUGAAAGAAUAUUUAAUGGGGGGGAAAAGGAAAGGAAGGACAUUUUAUAAAGUUAGUUAGAGUUUCUUAAAGCAAAAAACAGUCAUAAUUAAGUUUGUCAU